CGACGCUUCUCCCCGACGACAAUUAACAACUAUAUUGCCUGCCGUCGCAGUUUGUUUGAGAACGCAUAGAUCAUAGGCACGCGCGGCAAGAUAAGCCAUGACGCGGCUCUUAGUGAACCCGAGUGCGUAUAUAGUAUAGGGCAUACACGAACCCAUCACGCCGAGAUAGUGCAGUACACGCGGAUGAUAAGAGGACAAAAGAGAUACUAGGAUGUCUGCACAAAAUCGCACCACCAUGAGGUACAGAGAGGACGACCAACCGCCUGUUGCUCGUCAUCAGCCCGUGAAAGAAGACGCGAGUCCGCGGAGAGAUCCAUUAUUGUCAUCGUAGCAGUGGUGGCGUGCGAUCCGUAAUGUGUACCGGCUUGCAAUUAACGACAAUCGGAUUAAGGCCAAUUGGGCACGAGAGCAGUAGUGGGUUGUCGCAUGCAUCGUCGCGGCUGGACCCGAUUACGAAGUAACGGAUAAAUAGAUCUAUCUAGAUCGGCCGGCCGCCUCGAUAAGACGCGACACUGUGCGAUACCCACACGGCACAAAUUCGAAUCCGCCGAUUAAGCAGUGUUUACAGACGACCGCCGGCACCAUAACGCCGCGUCGAGGAAACCGCUGUUGGAAACGUGGAACAGCUGGUAGUCGCUCGAUCGCGACCUUCGCGAAAGCCGACUAAUCGGCGAAUACGCGCACAGCCUGUCGCACGGGACAAAAGAAGCCGGGUGAAUUCAUUCGUCUUAUCGUCUUAGAGUAUCGAAGCGUCGAGUUUGGAGACGCGCCUAUAUACACUGAGGAAAAAGUGUUUGUAACUAUAAUUGCGCAUAGUGAAGAAAUCGUGACCAGGAGAACCGCUUUUGCAUGUGUCAACAGUGAAAAUCGUAAACACGAUCGGCGACUUCUCUAACGGGAAGAAACUUGAAAAUCGAUAUUACACGCAGCUCUUGUGAAAUGAUAUUACUGUGAAGUGCUAUUGUUAUUGUCCUAACUGUUUCUGUUACUCGUCUCUGAAUCGCCCGUACGUUUGCAAAAUCAAAAGGAAACAUUCGAGCAGCUCGACAGAUUUAUCGGCAGACUUAGUGAAACAAAAGUGGAGAACUAUUGACAAAUUAUGCGCGGGCUGUUAAUUAUCGACUAUCGACAAUCAUAAAUCGAGUAGUGAAGAGUGACAGUCGAGUGCUAGUCUUAGAAGACUCAGUGAUCAUCAGCCGCAGGAAGAAACCACGGUGUGUUUGUCACACUUAGUUCUGCAUCUUUCGACCUAAAGCUAUCAAUAGCUCGAAAUUAAGGGCAUUUAAUGCUGCUCGCGAAAACUACUUGUUGAAUUCAUCGUUAAAAGCCCAAGCUGCGGAAACGCCAGAAGAAAUAGGGCGGUAGUUCCAUUCUCGUCUCACAUGGCUGCAACCACGAAUAUCAGCACGCUGAAAGAAGCAUCAAAGGGAGAUAUUGUAAUUCAAGCUUCGUCCAGCCAGGAGAAGUAUCACGACAGCAAACGGACGCAGUGGAGGCAAUGGCUCGCGUGCAUAUCAGCGACCUUAUCGAUGGUAGCAGUUGGCACCGUUUACGGAUGGACCACCACGUCGCUCUCCCGGCUCACAUCCGGUGCCAGUGACGUGCCGGUGAAGAUAACCGACGACGAGGGCUCCUGGAUCGUGUCGCUAACGGUGAUCGGAUCUAUGAUCGGUCCGUUCCUCGGCGCGAGUCUCGCCGACAGAUACGGUCGUAAGAAAUGCCUAUUACUGGCCAGCGGCUUCUUCAUCAUCGGCUGGACCGUUAUAUUUUUCGCUCAGAGCGUGUCGGCGCUUUACAUCUCUAGAGUAAUUCUCGGCGUUGGUGUGGGUAUCUCGUAUACAACCAACCCCAUGUACGUAUCGGAGGUGGCUGACGUCGGGAUCCGCGGCGCCCUCGGCACCUUGAUUGCCGUCAACGUGUUCACCGGCUCGUUGCUGACGUGCAGCAUCGGUCCCUGGGUAUCCUAUCGAGCUUUAGCCGCCAUACUACUCGCGGUACCAAUCCUUUUCGUGGCGUGCUUUUCUUGGUUUCCUGAGACGCCCGCUUUCCUCGCAGCUAGAGGCCGCAAAGCGGAAGCAACCAGAUCUCUGGCCUUCUUCAAAGGAAUCCGUGAUCGGGACGAAGCUCGUAGAGAGUUGGAGAUCGCUCUCCGAAGUGUCUUCAUCGAAGAUGUUCGAGACAACAUUCCCGUCAUCGGACCCGGCGCCAGAACCGAGCCGGUUAAGCGUAGUUGGGUCGGUAAACUGAAGCUGAUGUUGUUGCCCAGCAACGCCCGAGCGCUUAGCAUCAUAUUGGGCCUGGUGGCGGCGCAGCAGCUUAGCGGAAAUUUCAGCACUAUGCAGUACCUUGAAGUGCUCUUCAAGAAGGCUGCUAUCGGCAUUGACUCCAACCUGGCUACGAUACUGGUACUCGCGGUCGGCCUCGUUUCAGGGGGAUUAUCGACUGCGACCGUCGAGGGCGCAGGCAGACGUCCGCUACUGAUUGUUUCCACUCUGGCCUCCUCCAUUACUCUCGCUAUCCUGGCGAUAUAUCUCAUGCUGGACGGCAGGGGCGUCGACGUCUCCGCGGCGAAUUUACUUCCGGUGGUCGACGUAAUCGUCUUUCAGGUGGGGUUUCAACUCGGAUUAGGCACAUUGCCGAAUGCGCUCAUUGGCGAGCUGUUCCCGACCGAAGUGAAAGCGUUCGCUGGCGCUAUCAUCACCGUCUUUGACGGUGUGCUCGGCUUCGCCGUCUCCAAGCUGUAUCAAGUAAUUGGUGAUCUGCUGGGCGCACACGCCGUUUAUUACUUCUUCUCGGCCUCGUGCUUAUUAGCGUUCAUAAUGGUGAUAUUCUGCGUGCCCGAGACCAAGGGUCGGACAUUCCGCGAGAUCCAGGAGCUUCUCCAAAGCGACAGAAAGAGGGACAACGAAAGCUCGCGGAAUCAAACUGUCGCGAUGUGACGGAGAGAAACGCGGCGCGAACUCACCGCCGCGACGUUAUCGGCCGUACUUUUCGGAGCGACGAAUUUUCGAACGAUGACGAUUACUUACUCUUGUCUCUAUACACUGUGUACAUACUUCGCGUUUGCAACGAAAGCGCAGUGAGCAACGAGUCGCAAAGAGCCGCCCUCGCUGGACCGCAAUAAAGAAAAUACUGCACGGAAAAAAAAUUGGUUGAAUUAAUCUAAGAUUUGGGCACAUUAUAUAACAAGACUGUUUGAUAAAAAAAAUGAAUAAUUUGGAUUGUAAGUCUAAUAAGAAUUUGAUUAUAUGCGUCCUAAUUAAAAUAACUAGACAAAUGUGGUUGCAUGCGGCAACUACGCAAAAAAAGAUCAUCACGAAACUGGCCUUUAUCUUGAUAGAUUUUGAACCCGAGAUCCUCUGGACCACAAAUCGGCUGCCUUACGCGUUACGCCACUUUUCUUGUUGAUAGAUUUGUUAUAUGUUAUAUAUUUGUUAUAUGUUGUAAUCACCUUAUAUUAUACAAUUUUCCAACCAUGAAACUUAAUAUUAAAAAAGUAAAGUUUGGAUAAAGUUAUAUUUUAUCGUAAUUUCCUUGUUAAUUUAAUUAAAACUAUGACACAAUGCUCGUACGCGGGAAGCAGUAGGAUGAGCUUUGUAAGAUUAAUUUCUUACAGAGUCGAAUACUUGAGAUUCAAGCACUCUUUUUCUCUCUCUCUCUCUCUCUCUCUCUCUCUCUCUCUAAGAUAUUGGAUUUAUGGUAGAUUGGAUAUACAAUAACUCAUCUAUAAUCGAUAUUGCAUCCAAAUGUUCUAACAUAUUUGAUUAUAACUAGAAAUUCUGUUCACCUCAGCCAAAUUUUGAUCAAACAUCUCACAUUAAUUCAACCAGCUUCUUUUUUCUGUGCGUUAUAGAAUCAUUUUAGCCUUAUAAAGGCUUAUACUUGAUUCUUCGAAGAUAUUUUUUAUUUUUACUGCGAGUAGUUUUCCUUUUUCAAGUCCAAGUAUUGUGCGAAUAUUUCUAAAAUAAUAGUAAAAAAUUUUAACUUUUCAAUUAAAAUUUUGAUAACAAGAAACAUUAUUUUCGAUACGAUAUUUCUGUUUUCUUUUGUUUCCGCAUAUUUUCCAUGCCAGACGCGCCUGUUGCGCAGAUCGGAUGUUUAAGGUGCGCCAGACUUGGAAGGUUUCUCUCAUGCGCGUAAGAUAAAAUAUUUAAGUAAGAGAAACUGAGAGCGAGACGGAAAUACGAGAAGACUAAAAAGUAUAAUUUUUUUAGUAAAUACUGCAUCUCUUCUUCCGGAACGUAAAACUCGUAGCGGCGGUUAAACGUUGAGACGAGGAAUAAGGCGCGAAAAAACUCAAGGUUAUUUGGUAAUAGAAUAAAAUAAUACUGCCACAUUUACUCCAGUAUUAUUUUUAUACUUCUAUAUAUAUAGUUGCUAUUUAAAUAAAUGGUAAAAAUAAAUGUACACACACAUGAUGGAAAUAUGAUGGACAUAUGAUGGAUAUAUGUAUAUAUACAUAGUUCUAUUUUAUAUAUUCUCUCGUAUUGGUAAUUCAAUCGAAAUAUAUAUAUAUAUAUAUAUAUAUAUAUAUAUAUAUAUAAUUUUUUAAACUUACCAGAGUCUAAACUAAGAUUCUAAGUUAAGGGGAUGCUGAAGUCCAUGACAAACUCGAGAAACACCGAUAAUAUAGAGACAAUCAUCACUAGCUCAGUCACGUUAUCUCUCGUAUUUCUUGUACAUACAAAAUUUAUGUAAAUGUAUGUUUUAUCAUAUUUAGCGAAAAACUUAACCACAUAUAUAUACAAACCUUUCUGCAAAUUUUUCCGAUAUUCUUAAGUUUCUGAAUUCAAAUACGAAAGUACAGCAAUGCUUUUCAAAAUUUUUCUGCUUAGAAUAUCUACACUUUUUGGUAUAUAUAAAUUGUGGAACUUUUGAAUUAUUUUGACAAAUAUGACGCUGACAGCUUGAGAUUUUACAUUUAAAUCUUUUUUUCAUUUCCGUCAUAUAUUGAGCUUCUAUUUAUUUUUGCACGUAUAUGCAAAUACGUAAGUGCAUAAAAGCAUUUGUUAUUCAGCUGCUAAACUGAACUUUGCAGAAAAACGUCAGUAUGCUAUCGGUAAAGUUUUCAGCUUCAGCAUUCCCUUAAGCUUGUAAAUAGACUGCAAGUCGAACUUGUAAGUCAAUGAAGAAAUUCUAGAUAUAACGUUUAUAUAUUGAGAAUAAAAUGUAAAUUGUGUUUAUAUAUUGAGAAUAAAAUGUAAACGUAUUUGUAAUUAUAA